AUGGCUGAGGAAAGGAGAAGGAGCAAGGAGGAAAAUGCUGCAGCAGCAGACAAAGCAGCCAGGAAGGAUGUUAAGAGAUUUUUGGCAGAUGGUGAUGAGGAUCUGGAAUUGGAGAGUGGUGCUGAAGAUGAGUUUGUCCCUGAAGUUGAGCUCUUCCCUGAAACUGAACCUGAGCCUACAGCUUCAACAAAAGUACAGAAAAACUAUGAUGAUAUUCCAAAUAUUACGCUUGCUAGUGUAAGGUAUGGCAUAGGGCUGAGACCAACUGCAGCUCUGAUUGAUGCAGGAAUCAUCACAGAAGACAACACAACUGGACUGCCUCAAGUCCCAGAGGAAGGAGGUGCUGGACCUUGUGAUGCCAACUGUGAGAAGAUCCUCCAAACACUGCUGUGCUCUGAGGAUCAGAAGGAGAUAAUUGAGUGGGUGAUCCUGGCCAUUAGGGGAGAGGGGGACCCAGACACUCAGCUGGGGGACUCCUCUGUCAGGACCAGAAGGACACCUGACAUCAAUUGUGAUGCUUCCAGCAUUGGGGACUUGAUCAGCUGGUCAGAAGGUGUGUCAGAGCCACCUCUCACCUGCUUGCUAAGCACCUCGGAGGUGAAAAACGUCAUCAAAACCCCCAUGGAGGUACUCAACUGGCCUUGCCAUACUCAAAGCAUUGAGAGGGUUGUUAAAAUGGUGACCGAGGCUUCUGCUAAGUACUUCUCACAGGAAAAGAGGGAUGGAGGGAUCAGAGCUCAAGAGACCAGCAGGAGACUGAUGUCCAAUAAUGAGUCAAAGCAGGACUUGUGCAACCUUGCAAAGUUCAAGAAAUGCCACCUGUGCACGGUGACCGGCCCCACUGUUGUCGACAUCCAGGGCCAGGUGGACUCUGUCCAGGAUCGGUGUGCUUAUUCUCUGAUGGACUCCCAGACUAACCCAGGUGUCCAGGUGCAGGCAUCAUUCCAGGAGCGACGCCGUAGAGACGUCAGCUUUCUGGACCGUGUGAUCCUCUAUGUGCAAGAUCCAGGUGUUCAUAUUUAUCUGGAACAAGGCGGAGAAGUGAAGCUGAACGACCAAACACUGAUGCUGGAUGCCACGGCGACGGUUGUUCACGGCGUGGAGCUCUCUAAGGACAAGAGUGGGGUGACCGCCAAGACUUCCCACCUGAACAACAACCUGACCGUCUUCUUUGAUGGCUACACUGCACUAAUACACAUUGAAGGACCGACUGGAUCUUCUCCAAAUGUGACGGGUUUAUGUGGCAACUCCAGCAGUUUCAGGAUAUCAGAGCUCACUGAUCUCAAUACAACAGGCUGUGAUGUGAAGUACGAAGACACAGCGGACAGCACGAUCAACAGCGUCGCAACGACUGAACACUGUAAUCUCCUGAAGGGGGCGCCCUUCACGGCCGGCCACAGCCACGUCGACCCGGAGCCCCACGUCACCGCCUGCCACGACACUUUGAGCAAAUAUCCCUCCGGAGACGGCCUCAACUGUCAGUUCUUUGAGGCCUACGCCAAAGCCUGCAGCCUGUACAGCGCAGACGCUAUCGAUGGCUGGAGGUCAAAGGUCAACUGCUCCGCGGAGCCUCAGGCCUUCUGUCAAGGCCGGUUCUGCAGCUCUCAUGAGUUCUGCGGAGAGACCAGCGGGGGAACCCGGUGCUUCUGCCGCGCUGUAUUUGCCUCAACAGUCACAUCAGAUAAACCUUUUGGUGAGGCCCUAACCUGCGAUUCACAGCUGGUCACUCUGUACGGUUGUCUCCUGGAGGACAAGGGCAUCAGCUACUCAGAUCUGCACCUCUUUGACUCGACCUGCAUAGGUGUAAUGGACAAUGUGACCCACAUGGUUUCCUUAUCCUUCAACUUCCAGACCAAACCAUGUGGGACACUUAUCAAGAUGAACAACGAAGGCGAGGUUAUCAACAAGAAUGGCGUCAUGCUGGAAACCACCGGCGAGGACAUUUUUGACUUCACCUGCCCCUUCACUUUUCCAGAGAUAUCCAUCGAUUUCUCAGUGAACAUCAAAGUGAAGAGUGGCUUCAGCAAAGAGCUGAGAUGUUGGUGUGUUUUCAGCCCUGCUACAGUGGCGUAUGUUACAUCUGGAAUCUGGAACUACACUCUGACCAUGAAGGCUUUCAUGGACGCCCGUCGUACGCUGUCUGUGACUCCAAACACCGAGCUCAGAGUGAACCAGAAGGUCUGGUUUGAGCUGAAGGCAGACGACGUGGAUGGGAAAAAGGUUUCUUUGUUGACGGAGUCCUGCUAUGCAACCAGCGACCCGUCGCCUAGUACGCACCUAAAGUACGACCUCAUCAGAAACGGCUGUGCAAACCCUUCUGACAACACUAUUGUAAUUGAGAGCAACGGACAGGGACUGACCAACUACUUCUCCUUCAACAUGUUCCAGUUCAAAGGGAACUCUAAAGACAUUUACCUGCACUGCAGGAUGAACCUGUGUCUCAAAAGUGACAAUUCCUGCACCCGGGUACGUUCACAAAAAGACUCAGAGACACAAAUACACAGAAGCUAACUCUUCGUCCUGCAAGUGUCACCCUAGCACAUCAGUUUCACAUCAGCAUUUUACUUAUAGCUUUAUAUACUCUAGAAAUUAGGAUUUUUGCA